CGGAUGCCAACGCCUGGGCGGCAGGCGCCGGACGACGCGGGGAGGGCAGCGAGGUCCCAGGAACCCCGUACACCAUUCUUUGGCGAAGGCUGCUCAGCCGCGGUGACCUCCUCCAGUGGAACCCUCUACAAAUUAUUAUCUCUGGACUCCCAGCGGACACCCUGCCGGAGGCAAGAGCUGCCAGGCCAACUGGAACUGUGCCUUUUCUGUUGUCAAGGUUUUCUACUUACACAGGAAAAAGAAAGAAAAAAAAAAGAUGAAGUUGGGCAAAGUGGAGUUCUGCCACUUCCUGCCACUCGUCGCUCUCUUCCUGUGCUUUUCUGGGAUGAGUCAGGCAGAACUGCCGCGGUCCAGAUCGAAGCCCUAUUUCCCGUCGGGGAGGCCACGGACCAAGCGCAGCUGGGUGUGGAACCAGUUCUUCGUGCUGGAGGAAUACAUGGGCUCAGACCCCCUCUACGUGGGAAAGCUUCACUCUGAUGUUGAUAAAGGAGAUGGUUCCAUCAAAUACAUCUUGUCAGGCGAAGGGGCAAGUUCCAUUUUCAUUAUUGAUGAGAACACUGGGGACAUUCAUGCCACCAAGAGGCUGGACCGCGAGGAGCAGGCCUACUACACGCUCCGAGCCCAGGCACUGGACAGGCUCACCAACAAGCCCGUGGAGCCCGAGUCUGAGUUCGUCAUCAAGAUCCAGGACAUCAAUGACAAUGAACCCAAAUUCUUGGACGGCCCCUACACUGCCGGGAUUCCUGAAAUGUCUCCUGUCGGGACCUCAGUGGUACAAGUGACAGCAACAGAUGCUGAUGAUCCUACAUAUGGCAACAGCGCCCGCGUGGUGUACAGCAUUCUGCAAGGACAGCCGUACUUCUCAGUGGAACCCAAGACAGGAGUCAUCAAGACCGCCCUUCCAAACAUGGAUAGAGAGGCUAAAGACCAGUAUUUGCUUGUUAUUCAGGCAAAGGAUAUGGUUGGUCAAAACGGAGGACUCUCAGGAACCACGUCGGUCACCGUGACCCUCACGGAUGUCAACGACAACCCCCCUCGCUUUCCUCGAAGAUCGUACCAAUAUAAUGUCCCUGAGUCAUUGCCAGUGGCCUCGGUGGUGGCCCGGAUCAAAGCUGCCGACGCGGAUAUAGGAGCUAAUGCUGAAAUGGAAUACAGAAUCGUGGAUGGUGAUGGAUUGGGGGUUUUCAAGAUUUCUGUUGACAAAGAUACACAGGAAGGAAUCAUUACUAUACAGAAGGACCUGGAUUUUGAAGCCAAAACAAGUUAUACUCUACGGAUAGAAGCCGCAAACAAAGACGCCGACCCUCGCUUUCUGAGCUUGGGGCCGUUCAGCGAUACUACGACCGUGAAGAUAAUCGUGGAAGACGUGGACGAGCCCCCCGUGUUCUCCGCCCCCUUGUACCCCAUGGAGGUGUCGGAAGCUACCCAAGUCGGGAACAUCAUUGGCACUGUUGUGGCUCAUGAUCCAGACUCUUCCAACAGCCCCGUGAGGUAUUCAAUUGACAGAAACACAGACUUGGAGAGAUACUUCAACAUUGAUGCCAACAGUGGAGUGAUUACAACUGCCAAAUCUUUGGAUCGGGAGACAAAUGCUGUUCAUAAUAUUACAGUCCUUGCGAUGGAGAGCCAGAAUCCGUCCCAAGUAGGGAGAGGCUUUGUGGCCAUCACGAUCCUGGACAUCAAUGACAACGCCCCCGAGUUUGCCAUGGACUAUGAGACCACCGUCUGUGAGAACGCGCAGCCGGGCCAGGUCAUCCAGAAAAUCAGCGCCGUGGAUAAAGACGAGCCAUCCAACGGGCACCAGUUUUAUUUCAGCCUAACCACCGAUGCAGCUAACAACCACAACUUCUCAUUGCAAGAUAACAAAGACAACACAGCCUCCAUUCUCACCAGGAGAACCGGCUUCCGGAGGCAGGAGCAGUCGGUGUACUAUCUGCCCGUCUUCAUCGUGGACAGCGGCUCGCCCUCCCUCAGCAGCACCAACACCCUCACGAUUCGCGUCUGUGACUGCGAUGCGGACGGAAUAGCGCAGACCUGCAACGCCGAGGCCUACGUGCUGCCGGCCGGCCUCAGCACCGGGGCGCUCAUCGCCAUCCUCGCCUGCAUCCUGACGCUGCUGGUGCUGAUCCUCCUGAUCGUCACCCUGAGGCGACGGAAAAAGGAGCCGCUCAUUUUCGAUGAAGAGCGCGACAUCAGAGAGAACAUCGUCCGCUAUGACGACGAGGGCGGCGGCGAGGAGGACACCGAGGCCUUCGACAUGGCCGCGCUGAGAAACCUCCACGUGGUCAGGGACACCAAGACCCGCAGGGACGUGACUCCGGAAAUUCAGUUCUUGAGUCGACCGACCUUCAAAAGCGUCCCGGACAAUGUCAUCUUCCGGGAGUUCAUCUGGGAGAGGCUGAAAGAGGCGGACGUGGACCCCUGCGCGCCCCCCUACGAUUCCUUGCAGACAUACGCGUUCGAAGGCAACGGCUCGGUGGCCGAGUCGCUCAGCUCCCUGGAGUCCAUCAGCUCCAACUCGGAGCAGAACUACGACUACCUGAGCGACUGGGGGCCGCGCUUCAAGCGCCUGGCGGACAUGUAUGGCACCGGCCAGGAGGGCCUGCUCUCAUAGCCCUGGGGCGCGCCUGGGACCCGCGCUGCAGACAAAGUGAAAGCAGAACUCUUAAAAAAUGACGUAUUAUAAAGAAACACUGCAUACAGAGAACAGGAACUCCACUGGCUAGAGGAAAAGGUUGUACAUAUCUGUCCAUUUUUAACAGUUUAGGUUUCUGCCUUGGUGAAGCGUAUAUGUUCAUUAGAUUGCUCCAAGGGACUGCGCUGACCACAGACGCUGAGCCUGGGAAGGCGUUUUGGCGAAAAGACAUGCUCGGUGGUCUGUGAACGGAGAGCAACUCUCAGCUACCUGCAAAGGGGCCAGGCCUCUGCGAGCGAGGGGUGCCUGCGCCGGCCGGGAACCGGACCCUCCGCGCAGGCCCUCCUGGUACCGCGAGGGAGGAGGACAUGCCGUGCCCUGGCACAGUCCUGCGACUUCUUAAGUGUCAAAUCUU